AUGCGGAAAUCAUGCGUGAGUGUGAUGUGCCGCUACCACGCCGGCUCCUUCCCCUUCGUUGAAGAGGUACCUGAAACAAAAAUGAAAACUGUAAGCGACAUGAUUCAACAAAAAGGCCAAAGCAAGAGGUCUGCAAAACCUGUUGCGUUUGUUAUGUGGGGGUUAUUACCACCGUUUUAUUGCCUUAUCUGUUUUCAAUUACACUGUCCUUUCCUCAACGUCACACUGUUGAUCAUCUUCUCGACGCCGUCUACACCGAUAUGUCAGGUGACUCCUACAGUUGAUUACAAGUGGCUUCUUCUUUCUUAUGCUCUGUCUAUUCCAGAUUCUAAAUUAAUGAGAGCAUCGGAUUACUCACCGCAACCAUCUGAUGAUUGUUCGCCCAUUUUUCUGUUGGCAUCUCCACCUUGCGUUCCCACCGCCUGCUUUAUUAGACAAUAUAGAUAUAGAUUUUUCUCAUUUAUAUGAGGUUUUUUUUUCUUUGUUUCCAUGGAGCUGCUUAUUUUGGUUCGUGUAUUAUGAUGAAGAUAGUAUUUUGCUACCUGAUGUCGACAAUUGUAGCAAAUGUCUUCUUAGGUAAUUUUACUAGAUUUGGAAAAACAAUUGCAGCGGAUGUGUUCACGAAAUCGACUUUAGAUUAAAACAGUGAAUACACAUUAUUACCUUGGAAUGUGUAGCG